GCAUUCCUGCUUAUGGCACCGGGGCUAUCAAGUGUCUCCGAUUCCUUCCUCUACAACACUGAUCAUGCAGCAUCAUGCCUGUCUCACUACGCCAGCGGCUAGACUGUCAUUACUGCGGACGGAGAUCAAAAUUUAGCAAGAGUCAAGGCCGCAGAUUCCAAUGCGAACACUGCCUUGCGGUCAACUUCUUUGAUGAGAACGGCGAGAUAGCGGACGUUCCUGUCGAAGAGGCAGCCCCCGCGCAGCGCUUCGCUCAACCUGUCGCCAUCGAUCCACUGCAAGACGACUUUCCCACGCAGGACUCUAUAUUCUGCUCGACAUGUCUGAAAAACCAGCAGCUAUACACCUAUAAUCUUGCUCAAUUCCUCCCCGAGCCAGAUCACCCGGAAUACGAGAAAUUGGAGGCAGAAUUACCAGAGUACAAGAAAGGUCUAGAAGAGCGUUAUCCGCAAUGCUGUGCCCGUUGCGAACCCAGAGUCAGGGCGAGAUUGCAUCAAGCCACAUACAAUGCAAGAAGUGACCAUUUACGGCGGGUCUUGGAAAAGUCGAGGCAGAGAAGGAUUGGAAACCGACUGGGAUGGAGGAGUCUGCUCGUUAGCACUGCAGGACUAGGCUAUUUCCUGAGUCUGGCUAUGCAGCUGGCGUGGCAUUUGUACGGUUCACAGGUCAGUGAUUCAUCGCUCCUACAAGGGUUUGGGCCGAUUGUGUGCUUGAAGCACCGACCUUUCGUCUCUCAAUGUCUCGAUGUCAUGGAGCCUUUCGUCGGUCUCUCGCUCGCGCUGGGAUUGCUGUGUAUCUGGUGGAACCCCAAGUGGCAACACAAGUUGUCCCACAGUGAGGGUAGCCUAGCUGGAUUGAGUGAGUACUAUCUGGUGCAAAUGGCUCUUCUCGGGGUAAGGUUCGGUGCAUGGACUGUCAUGUACCAUGUGCCCCUCUCCACGAGAACAUCAGCAAUGCUUCAUGCUUGUUUCACUGUGGCGAUCACCAUCGUCGCAGGAUGGUCAGUCUUUGGCAUUGUCAAGGUUAAGAAUCUUGCUGCAGUCAAUUGGCACGACGACCCUGCUCCUCUCCUGGCCAGGACCCAGUUCGUUCCUCCUGAAGUGGGAGAACAGCAAAAUCAGGAUCAAGCUUUCAACAUUAGCAGCCUCGCAACGGCAGCACCGCCGACUUAUCAAGAAUGGAGGCCGCCAACUCCGCCAGAAGAUCAGAUGGACUCCAUGGACUGGACUCCAACACAACAGACUUUCCAGCCUGAGCUGAAGCACAUUCGAUACCGAUCUGUCGAUCCCACCCCGUUUCAUGGCACUCUUCCAGCUCUCAAUACGAGGGGCGUCCGAAAGAAUGCCACUCAACCUGGCAUUUUGGCCAGAGAAGCAAUUGGUAUACCUCCUGGGUUCUUUGACCGACCAACAAAACCGUCCCAGCCUGUUCAUCAGCAAGAGCCAACUCGAGAGGCUAUGGCACAACCAAAAUUCUUUCCCAAGGAAGCAGAUACAGGCUUGGAGAACAUAUUUGGGUCCGUAUUUUCUCUUCAAGAUCCGUCAUUGGAUCCUCCGAAUGCCACUCGAAGACCGACGGCCAUACCUUUGGCGGGUGCCUCGAGCGCUCUACACAGCAUUCCGUCGCCAGCCCCUGCGCCAGGUCCGUCCAAUCUGGCGAUUUUCAGCGGUAUCUCCUUUUUUGCGACCCUGAUGUCAGCGGCAGUGUGGAUAUUUGAAGCCGCAGUAACGCUCAAGCCAACACUAUUUGGGUACUACGUCGUCUUGCUAAGUGCCUGCAUACCCAUCGGUCAUCUUAUGCUCCAUCUGUCUCAGCAUGGAGUACGGGGUCAGUUUGUGCGCCUCCUCAUAUAUGCCCUCGAAGCCAGCUUAUUGAUAGGGGUUGCUAUGCUGCGAGAGCCAUUCGGUGAGCUUUUCCAUGACCUUUGGACCAAAUUAGGGGUUGCCGCGAUCGCUCUGUUACUACCACAAGAAUUCCUGCACAUGAACAAAUCAAACGGAAACCUCCGUCCUCAGACCAUACCACAAGCGCCAUUGCAGCGAGCUCCGGAUGGUCAGAAUCAUGACACUCAUCAAGAUCUGCCUCCUCAGACGCCAUCUCUCGUCCGGCAAGACUCUACGGAUUCGAUCGAAAGCAAAGCGUCAAUCGCAACGACAUCUACAGUACCCGAGUGGGCAACGCCUAAACCUGACAGGCCACGAUUCGAUAUGCCUCCCACAUCUGCGAGGGCAAUGCCUAGAUCAGGUAGAAAUCGACCUCAUCCGCCUGAACGUCGACCUUCUGAGAGAAGUAAUCUUGGUAUGGACGGGUUAUCACUCAGCGACCACUCGCUCAACGACCACUUGGGUGGUGGCGCUAGAAAGGGUCAUGGAGCUGGAUGGGGUCUAGAGUCCUCAGGGGCAAACAUCGCUGGUCCACGAGCGAGACGAGGGUAUUGAUGCAUUAUAUUCAUGAUUAGAUGAUUUCUUUCCCUUGUUCCUAUAUGUACUCUGGCGUUUUGCGUUUUCGGCCUGUAUGGGAAGACUGAGAUCCUGUGCAGAAGAAUGGUAGCAUAGCAGAUCAGCAUAGCGCGGCGUUUUCAGUCCCUGGCAAAUGGAUCACAGAAGUUCCACAUUCUUUGUAGAUUGAGGCCUGGGGCGAGCCAUAAG